GGAGGGGGCGGGGAGGGGAGACCGUGACUCGAUGUCUGGAUCCAUACCGCCAUGGAAGACUGUAAGCGCCAGCAGCUCUGGAAACAGACGCAAACGCAGACGCAGGAGCGGACCAUCCGACAUGAAACCGGUGGUCAUCCGCCGAUUACUCGCAUCUGCCAGCACGAAACGAAACAGUACUAAAUCCCGAUCGAAAACCAGCUUGGCUCCAGGGUACCGAGACCCGAUCCCAUGCAUGCCGACCAUGCGCAUGCGGAAGGAAGUCGUGAGCGGAACAAACCGGCCGAAAUAUUGGGAGGCGUGGACAGAGGAGCAGCAGGCGAAGGAGGGGGAUGGGGCAGGAGCGAAAUCGACGGAUCCGACGACAUUGCUUAGGUUGUUGAUUUGGAAUGAGCAUGAGGAUGCGGUGGAGCAGGGGGGUCUGGAUGAACAUUUGGCGGAUUCUGGGAUACCAGAUGUGGCUCUUUCUCAGGAAAUCUCACGAGUAACAGAACCUGCCCCGCCCAUAAAACGGAAAAUUCUACCCGACCAACUCUCCCGAGCCCCUAAACCCGCCGACCCACCCAUCACCCCACCCCACCCCGCCCACGUCGCCAUCCCAACCGCCACCUCAUCAGCCCCAACAUCCCAAAUCCACUCAGUACUCAACCGCUCCCGCAACCCCAAAUGGACAACCUCCGACAACGUCGGCAAACCCAUCCGCGUCCCUCAGUUCCCUCGCGUGCGGCCGAAAACUUCCGCGGCGAAUACGGUGCAGACGGUGAGGACGCCGCUUAUUAUGGGGCGAGCGCACACCGCGUUUACCGCUGGGAAUCAAGUUGGUGGGACUGAUGGGGCUUGUGUGGGCAGAGGAAGGAGCAAGGUAGAUUUAGACUUGGGACAGGUUCCCAUUGCUGUGUUGGGCGGGCCGGAAUCGUUUGGGCAGAUUAUGUAGAAGCGUAGAUUUGGUGCUUGGUAGCUUAUAGAUAUUCUGACAUUUUGAAUGAAAGUACGGCAUUGAGAGA